UGAUGACUUCAGUUCCUGUGUAUUCAUUUGGUUUCAUUUGCUCGUUAGUUUUCAACUCAUCAGACAUCUCUCUUUUUUUUACUCUUAUUUUUCCUACAUCUGUAUUUGUGAGAGUGAUGGCGUUAUAUAAAACAUCUGUGUGGGGAGCAUUUUCCAUCCUUUAACAUCUUCAGAUGAGUUCACGACAUCGACGCAAAUAGGAAUACAUCAGACUUGGUCAUGGAAAGGAUGCAUUACGACUCCAUUCUAGACCGAAGCAAACGCAUCACGUGGCAGGAUGACUGCUACAUGGAUCUUCAAUCUACGUCCUGCUCUGUCUCUUCACAAGCAGAAGUAGAAGAUCUUAGCUGGAUUCAAAAGCAUCAAGACCAGUUGCAACGCUUCACUACAGCCUCCUUUCUGGAUGGAAUGUUAACCCACCUGAGGAAAGUGGAUGUGCUGAGUUCAGCUGAGGAGAUCAAAAUCAAGGAAGCAGGCCGGCUGCAGGACCAGAUUAACAUGUUUCAAACUAUAGCCACUGGCAAGGAUUCUAAAGGCUCUGAUGUCCUCCAGGGUUACAUAGAGAGCUCAGAUUCUCAGGUGGCCCAGCUCAUCAUAAACCAUGAUAACAUGGUGAAGGAGCACCAGGCGGUGCUGUUACAGCGAUAUGAGCAGUACAAAGACAGAGAUUCAGUCAGCUGCCCCAAACUGAAUAUCUCCUCAAGAACCUUACUUCUGGUCGACGGACUUUCUGACCUCCAGCAAAAGGAACAUGACCUGAUGCAGGUGGGGGCAACUCGAGGAGGGAAAAGAAAUCAUCUCAGACAGCUGGGGCUGGCCAAACUUCUGGAGCCCUUGACCCGGGUCAGUUUGCCUCCCAGGGUUUCCCUCACAGUUGGGGUGGCUGGUAUAGGUAAGACCACUUGGGUCCGACACUUCAUCCGACAGUGGAGCCAAGGAGCUCUUUGUACAGAUGUGAGCUUCGUCUUACCUUUUACCUUUUGUGAGCUGAACUCGCUAGAAAAACUUUCAGCUGAGAGGCUGGUGAAAAUGGCUUUUCCUCAUUUAACAGAUCCUAGUCUAGUCUUGAACAGCUCCUGCAGGACACUGCUCAUAUUUGAUGGUUUGGAUGAAUUCCGCUGCACUUUAAACUUCUCUGAGGCAGCACCCUGCAAUGAUCCAAAGAAAGAAGUGUCCAUUGACGACUUAGUUACUAACAUCAUCCGAGGGAAUCUGCUUCCUGAUGUAGCAGUGUGGGUGACUUCCAGGCCAAGAGUAGCCUCGCUCAUUCCUGGAGGACUGGUCGACAGGGUGACGGAGAUCCCGGGAUUCAGCCCGAAGGACAUCCAAAUCUUCCUGGACCACCACUUCCCAGAGAGGGAUUUUGCCAGCAAAAUAUGGGCACACUUGGAAUCCCAUAAGAUCUUAAUGGUGAUGUGUUACAUUCCAUGCAUUUGCUGGAUGGCAGCUGAUACUCUAGUGUACAGCAUGCAGAGUGGAAGACAGGAAAGCCUCCCAAAAACUUGUACUGAGCUUUACACCCACUUUUGUUGUAUGAAGGCAGAAGUAGGUGAACCAAGAGGCAGGGAGCCUGUGAAAAUGGAGCAGCUUCAUGGGAGCAAUCGUAAAUUGCUGGGGAAUCUUGGACGAUUGGCAUUUUAUGGGCUCCUCAAACACAAGUACACUUUCAGUGAGCAGGACCUCAGGGCCUAUGGGAUAGAUCUGCUCUUAGCUCAAAGCAGCCUUGGUGCUGGAGUCCUAAUCUGCGAAGAGUCGCCCAUAUUCACAACAUAUCGAUUCACUCAUUUGACUCUGCAGGAGUUUCUUGCAGCAACUUUUUACCAUGUCUCCGCCAAGCGGGCCAUCUUUGACUUGUUCUCAGAAAGCACCAUGUCCUGGCCCAAGAUUGGUUUUCAGAACCACUUUAGAAGUGCAAUUCAGCAUUCACAGCAAGCUGAAGAUGGCCACCUGGAUGUAUUUGUGCGCUUCCUGACAGGCCUGCUGUGCCCAGUGGCACAGAAACCUCUCAGUGGGCUUUUGGCCCUCGGAAAAGAUGAUGGCAAUCAGAAGGGCUGGGCAGCAGGAUUUUUACAAGGCCUCUUGGUCAGCGGGGGUCCCGUGGUGUCCCUGCGUGCAGUCAACCUGGCUUAUUGUUUACAGGAGCUGCAACAUACAGAACUGCUGCGAAGUGUAGAGGAGGAUUUACGGCUUGGUAGCCUAGCAGGAAAAUUAACACGGGCUCACUGUGUUGUGCUGGGCUACCUGCUGCAUGUGUCUCCAGAGUGCAGCGAACAGACCAACCUGACAGGCUCUUUGAGCUACACCAUAGUGAAAUGUUUGCUCCCGCAGCUGCUGUACUGCAGCCAUCUCAGGUUGGAGAAUAAUAACUUCAAAGAUGAUGUCAUGGAAUUGCUCGGAAGCCUCCUGAGUGCCAAAGACUGUCAUAUUCAGAAGAUAAGUCUGGCAGAGAAUGCUAUUAGCAACAAAGGUGCCAAAGCUUUGAGUCGAGCCCUUUUGGUGAACCGGACACUAACUUCUCUCAAUCUCCGUAACAACAACAUCAGCUCUAAAGGUGCAAAGUUCCUGGCAGAAGCUCUGAAAAUGAACCAAGUCCUGGUAUCACUCAACUUCCAGAACAACGCCAUUGAGGAAGAAGGUGCUCAGGCCCUUGCAGAAGUACUGCAGUGCAACCGCAAACUGGUGUCUCUGAAUUUACGAAAGAAUAAGAUUGGAGCAGGAGGAGCCAAAAGGAUUGCAGAGGCGCUGAAGACAAACCGCACUCUCACAGAACUGAUUCUUUGUAGUAACCAGCUUGGGGACAGAGGAACAAUUGCUCUGGCAGAGGCUUUGCCACACAACCACACUCUGCUCUCACUUCAACUUCAGAGUAACACAAUCAGUAACAGAGGGAUGACAGCUUUAACAAAAGCACUUAGGCUGAACCAUGGCCUUGUCUCCUUGAAUUUAAGGGAGAACUCAAUCGGGGUGGAGGGAGCAAAGAACAUGGCCCACGCACUCUAUGAGAACAACUCUCUACAGGACCUCGAUCUCACAGCCAACCUGCUGCAUGAUGAAGGGGUUCGAGCUAUAGCUGGCGCAAUCAAAUGUAAUCAAGGCCUCACGUCUUUGCAUCUCCAGUGGAAUUUCAUCAAGUCUUCUGCCACUAAGGCUCUGGCCCAGGCCCUGCGCUCCAAUGCCACAAUGCAGCUCCUGGAUCUACAGGAGAAUGCUAUUGGGAAUGAAGGUGUCAUUUCUCUUGCUGAAGCCCUGAAAACCAAUGCGUCUCUUCGCACAUUAUGUCUCCAGGGGGUCUCCGCAGGCACAAGUGGUGCCAUUGCCAUGGCAGAGGCUCUCAUGUCCAACCAAACCCUGCAAACACUGGAUCUGCGUGGGAACACUGUAGGGAUGGAGGGAGCCAAGGCUCUGGCUAAUGCAUUGAAAAGCAACAGAAGCCUCAAGUCACUGAACCUGCAGGAGAACUCUCUGGGUAUGGAUGGAGCCAUAUUCAUCGCCACAGCCUUGAAGGGAAACCACCAGCUGACAUACAUCAAUUUGCAGGGAAAUGGCAUUGGGGAAUCUGGAGCAAAAGUCAUAUCUGAUGCUAUAAGAGCCAAUGCUCCAGGAUGUGUAGUGGACAUCUGACCAAGGAAAGAACAGCUUUUACUGAAGGUCAUAUAUGUUGCAAAUAAAUAACAUUAGACUAUGUUAUUAUACUGUCAGUAGAUGUAAAUGAUGUAAUUUAGUUAAAUUUUAGAUCUAUACUGACACAGAAAAUCGCUGUAACAGUCAUUCUACUUAUUCUAUUUUUGGCAAGAUAUUUUUUUAUUUAUUAUGACAAUAAAUGAUUAUAUUUGUGUUAAAGAAGCAGUUGCCUUAAGAGAUGUUUGAAGGAUAUGACUAUAGAAAACUUAGAGCUGCAGCAAUGAAGCUACAUCCUUCCUUAUUUGUCCUAAUUACAAUGUCAUUCUAUACAUUUGCUUUA